AUAGAGAGUGGCUGUGGGCUGUGACGAGUCGCGACAAAAUCAAGUACUACCACGUGUCGUUUUUCUUGACGUACACGUAGUACAUCCUCUCAGCAAAUCAGAAGAGAAACUCCCCCUCACGUCAUCAUCUCCCAACAACAUCAAGCUCUCUUCGCCGGGGAAACAUCGUCACGGCCACCUAAGGGAUUUUUGUUGGUGAUUGUUGUCAUGUCUACGGAACCAGGAGGAGUCGAAUCGGACUCCAACGCUGAUUUUGCAGUGAAGGCGUCGAGGUUUGACUACGGAGUAGCUCACGCAUCUGAAACCCUAACUGAUGCCACGAGCUUUCAAGCUCAGCAGGACCUGGUAGUAGUGAAGCCAACUGGAGUCGAGGGGAAAGGUUCGGGCUCUGCUCUUGAUGAUAAGGAUCUGGAUUCUCAUGGCGAUAGUCUCUGUGAUGUGGUUGAUUCUGGUGUAGAACCUGGGGGUUUUGGUGAGAGCAGAAACCUAGAUGGCUCAGGAGAGGAAGAGUCAAAGUUUGAGAAUCUAGAUGGUGUGGUUUCAUCUGGUUCAGAUAUGCUUAAGAGCAGCAAGGAUAAGAAUGGAUUUGCUAACGAGAAUCUGAAGCUGUCUGACUCUGAUUUGGUUUGGGCUAAAGUAAGGAGCUAUCCAUGGUGGCCUGGACAGGUGUUUGAUGCAUCUAAAAUUGCUAAGAAGCACUUCAAGAAAGGAAAUGUCUUUGUUGCGUAUUUUGGGGAUUGUACUUUUGCUUGGAUUAAUGCGUCUCGGAUCAAGCCUUUUCAUCAGCAUUUCUCUCUAAUGCAGGAGCAGAGCAACUCGGCUCCGUUUCGUGAUGCUAUUGAUUGUGCUUUGGAAGAAGUUUCAAGGAGAGUAGAGUUUGGUUUGUCUUGCUCUUGUAUCUCAGAGGAAGCCUAUAUCAAACUCAAGACUCAGAACAUAGUCAGUGCUGGAAUUCGUGAGGAGUCAAGGGUGAGAUAUGGUGGAGACAAGUUAUCGAAUGCAAUCUCCUUUAAACCUGUGAAACUCGUGGAAUCUAUCAGGCGUUUAGCUUGCUUUCCUGACUAUGAUGCGACUGAGGAGCUUCAGUUUGUUAUAAACCGAGCUCAGGUUUUGGCUUUUCAACAAUGGAAAGACUAUUCUCACUCCCUUGACUAUGAAACAUUUAUAAAGUCGAUAGAAUCCACAGCAUCUCUCCCAAAAGCAAAUACAGUUGAAGGGAUAUCUUCCAGAAAGAGAAAGACAGGUUACAAAGAUAACGCUGAACACAAGGAAGGGUUUGAUUCUGAGGAUAGGACUGACGAAGAGACAAAGGAGAGGACUUUGUCAGAUUUGAUUGUAAAGAGACGCUGUGGGGGUGAAUCAACUGAGAAAUUGGAUGGUAAGUCGCAUUCUGAGAAGAAACGUAAGGCUGAGUCUUUGGAAUCUGGUAAGUCUGAGAAAAGGAUCAAGAACAACCGACAAAAAGAGGAUUCAGUUUCUAAAAUCUCCGAUGAGGAAAAUAACUUUGCAGUGGGUGAUACUAAUAAACUACAGAUGGCGGCUGAACCAUGUUAUGGAAUUGGAGGUGGAAGCGAGAUAAAUUCUUUAACUCCUGCACUUAGGCCUUGCGAUGAUUCUAAUUCUACCACAAAAUUAGAAGUUGAGAACGAGAAGACGAAGAAGCCAAAACAGGAAGAGCUUGCCGAAAGAAAGAUUUCUUCUUCUGGCCUUCAGGCUGCCAAAACUCCAACGGGGAUACCCGAAUCAAUCAGCAUAGACCCCUUGAAUUAUGAAGAUUUUGAAAAGUUCAUUAAUGAACUAUCUUGCAGUAAACUCAAUAAUGGUAUCACUGAGACAGAACCUGGUGAUAAGAAAGACUCUGCAGAAGAUCAGAUCUUACCUGCAAAUAAAGAAAUCACUGGCUCAGGCUUGAAAGAGCAAACUGGUGUCAAGAACUGUUCUGCGGAUUCUUCAGCACCCAAUGCCUUAAUCCUCAACAUUGGGGAUUCAGGUUCAGUUCCACCUGAAGAAAUGCUACACUUAAAGGGAAGUAUUGCUGAGAAACCUGGUGAUAAGAAAGACUCUGAAGAAGUGCAGAUCUUACCUGCAAAUAAAGAAAUCACUGGCUCAGGCUUGAAAGAGCAAAUUGGUGUCAAGGACUGUUCUGCAGAUUCAUCAGCACCCUAUGCGUUAAUCCUCAAAUUUGCAGAUUCAGGUUCGGUUCCGUCAGUAGAAAAGCUGAACGAGAUAUUUAACCGUUACGGUCCUCUCUAUGAGUCGAAGACUAAGGUCACGAAGAAGGGCAAGAGAGCCAGAGUACUGUUCAAAAAAAGCGAAGACGCAAAGACUGCCUUCAGCAGCGCCGGGAAAUACAGCAUCUUUGGACCUUCUCUUCUAAGUUACAGACUCGAGUAUGUUUGCCCCAAAGCGAAAAAGAGCAACAACAUGACUGUUUGAUCCACAUCGUCUGCAUCUCUUAACUUUGUGAGGUCAGAGUUCGAUCAGAUUAUAUCAGUUGAGAGUAGAUUUUCAAUAAAUUAAAAGGAAACAAUCUUGUUAUGACUUAUUAGAAUGAGACUAAAAUUAAAAGUUCA